GCGACAACCAGAAAUCAGUGACGGCAUGUUGACUGUUUUGGAUUUUGUGGAGAAGUUUCUAGAUAAAUCAGAUUGGUUGUGAGUUUGUAGCUUUAUAAGUCACUAUCGCAAUGGCAAACAGAGGUUCUGGUGGCAGAGGCCCCAACGAGAAUAAACCGCCAAAAGAUGUGAAAGACUUGCUGGAACUCUGUAUAGGGGCCCAGGGUGAAAACCAGGACGAGGAGGAAGACCCAGUUCCAGUGCAACCGAUGUCAGCAGAGCGACGACAGUGGUUGAAUAAUGCACUGGUAGACUUGACUGUGAGCCCCGUGGAGAAGAUGAAGGAAUGUCUGCGAACUCUGACUUCACCAAAUGUUACAGAAAAGAAAAUGACGGAAGCUUUGGAGGAAGUCAUAGAGUGGUGUGAAAAUCUAGAUUUCGCUGCAGAUUUUUACAAGAUAGGUGGCUACCCAGUGCUAAAGGAACUUAUGAAACACAAAACAGCAGAUAUCAGAUGGAACACAUUAGAACUGGUGGCAGUGUUGGUUCAGAAUCACCCUUUCUGUCAGGAAAUGGCCCUCAAAGAAAAUCUGUUAACUCAGAUGCUAAAUACACUGGACACUGAUGAUAACGCGACAGUGAAAACAAAAGCUUUGUAUGCAGUAUCAUGCCUUACUAGAGAAAAUCAGAAGGCCCAAAAAGUGUUCGCAGAUCACGAUGGAUUUUCUGUAUUGAUGAGGGCCAUGCAAACAGACGUAGAAAAAUUAAAGAUCAAGGCGGCAUUUUUGCUAUCAUCACUGUGUAGUAAUCAACCAGAAUUUAAAGAUGUGAUGUGUGAUACUGGAAUGAUUGAUCAGUUAGUGGGAGUUCUAGGUGAGGAGCACAGCCCAUUUCAUGAACACACCCUUUCUGCCCUUCUGUCCAUAGUUAGCCAUCAUCAGAGGGCUAUAGAGGAAUGUCAGAGACCAGAGUUAGACCUCAGCGAAAUAUUACAGAGACGAAUCAAGUUUCUGGAGGGCAAGGAUGAAUUCAAUGAAGAAAGCUACUAUGCCAAAGAAUUACUGAAACUGAUAUCAGCUGAUGACAUCGAAGUUCAGAGGUGAAAACCACAGAGGAAGUUACGUCACUGUGAAUUAGUUAUAUUUCAAAUACUUGAUUACCGUGAUUUAGCUCUGGUGGAUUAAUCAGCGAGGCAUUGAAUUGGGAAUCUUCACGUCUAUGUAUAGUAAUAUAUACAAGAUUAUUUGUGAGAGCCCUUUUUCAUGUUAAGGCAGCCUCAAGAAUUUGAGUGAAAAUAACAUUCUCAUGGAUAAAAGUUGAUAUUACAGUGUCAAAAAAUAAAAAUUGACCCAGGCUGGCAGAUUCUGUUACAUAUGUAUGUUUGAUAUUGUUAAUAUUCUUAGUCUUGUGAAUACCUUGAAUAAUCAUACAUGUCCUACUGUAGAGAAAAAUCUAGGCAUUUGAUUGGACGACAAGCCGGUAAUAUGAGGCCAUGUCCCUUGCCAAGAAUAAAUGGGAUACAAAAUGGCUUCGAUAGAUCUAUAUACUUAACUGUUUCGUUAAAAAAAAAAAAUUAUUUGAUUGCUAUGCAGGAGGACAUAUUCGUUAUAUGGAUUCUUGGUAGGGUAUAUGUCGAAGUUUAUAUAUUCUCCUUAGUUGUUAAAUGAGAGGGAGAUUGUAUACUUUAACAAGGAAUGUGAGUCCAUAUACCCUGCCAAAAAUCGGUAUAACUAAUAAUGUACUUUCAUGACACUCUUUAAAUAUGAAUGUGCAUACACAUUAGUGGGUACUUUGAAGUUGAAAAUAGUAAAGCUGAAUUCAUUUGUUGACUUAAUGCACUUAAUAAAAGACUAGUUUUCUAAAAUAUUCUGAACUGCAAGAGAUAAAUGGUCACAGGCUAAAUUACAAAACAUUCAUAUUGUAAUUACAUUUCCAAAGUGUUUAUAUUCACUAUUUUUACUAAAUUGAAAUGAAAGCCAUUUCCUCAUGAAUAUGAACAAUGUGCGUAUGAAUUUUGAUAGAUAUAGUAUGACUAUAUUUAUGGCUGGGACGAUUCCUACAGAAAUGAAAGUAAAAUGUAAUUUUAAAAAGUAAAUUUGGAUAUGUACAGCAAAGUUUCACGACAGCAUGCUUUUCAUGAAAUGCCAACACGCUUCAUGAAGUAUGCUGGUGUAAAGUGUUGCAGUCCAUGCCCUCGUGUAAUUCUAAAAAUGAAUUUCUUGAAUAAUUCCAGUUUUUAUAGUGCUGCCCAUGAGAAGUAAAAUAUGUCAUUAUAUAACACAUGUCAGUUGAUCCUCAGUACAUGCAGUUAUUGAUGAAUGCAGACUACUAUUAAUAAUAAAAUUGUUGUUAAUGUGUUGUACAGGGGUAGUAAUACUUGCUUGUGUUGUGUAUUUUUGACUUUUUUAGGUGGUGAGAAUUAACUUCUGUUAAAUAAAUUUAAAAUCAGCAAAGCUGAUUUCACAGAAAUUUUC